GCCGACAUUAAACACCACCGAAGAAGAGCUCUGCCGUGAACAGUUGUCUUCCUGCAGCUUCCUAGCGGGCAGGUGUCAGUUUACCUGAGGAGAACACCUGAGGACCUGGAGGAGCAGAGGCUGAAACAUCAACAUUUAACCCUCUCAGCUGAGUUUAUGAAGCUCAAAGGAUCUCUGUAAACAAGCUAACAUAGCAAGCUAGCAGGUUAGCUAGCUGGUUAACCGCCUCCUACGUCACGAGGUGAAAACCCGCAUCAGAGGCGGUUUAUUAAGGGGUUAAAGGUGUUUAAGGUUCCUCUCACCUGUCAGCGUGUUCAGAACCGACCCGGGACAGGUCCAGGAUGAACGUGGCUAAGAGCGGGUACCGAGUGUUCUCUGCUAACUCCUCCGCAGCGUGUACGGAGCUGGCCAAGAAGAUCACUGAACGGCUGGGUGUUGAGCUGGGGAAGUCUGUGGUGUUCCAGGAGUCCAACAGAGAAACACGAGUGGAUGUGAAAGAAUCAGUGCGUGGACAGACGAUCUUCAUCAUCCAGACCAUACCACGAGAUGUGAACACAGCCAUCAUGGAGCUGCUGGUGAUGGCGUACGCCCUCAAAACGUCCUGUGCGAAGAACAUCAUCGGCGUCAUCCCUUACUUCCCGUACAGCAAACAGUGCAAGAUGAGGAAGAGGGGCUCCAUAGUGUGCAAGCUGCUGGCUUCGAUGCUGGCUCGAGCCGGGUUAACACACAUCAUCACCAUGGACCUGCACCAGAAGGAGAUCCAGGGCUUCUUUAGCUUCCCCGUGGACAACCUGCGUGCAUCCCCUUUCUUGAUCCAGUACAUCCAGGAGGAGAUUCCUGAUUAUAGAAACGCCGUCAUCGUGGCAAAGUCUCCGUCAGCGGCUAAGAGGGCUCAGUCGUACGCCGAGCGCCUGCGUUUGGGUCUGGCUGUGAUUCACGGCGAGGCUCAGUGUUCAGAGUCCGACAUGGCUGACGGACGACACUCCCCGCCGUGCGUACGCAACACCACCGGACACACCGGCCUGGAGCUGCCGUUGAUGAUGGCCAAGGAGAAACCUCCGAUCACUGUGGUCGGAGACGUGGGAGGAAGGAUUGCAAUCAUUGUGGACGACAUCAUUGACGAUGUCGGAGACUUUGUUGCAGCCGCAGAGAUCCUGAAGGAGAGAGGCGCUUAUAAAAUCUACAUCAUGGCGACGCACGGCUUACUGUCCGCCGACGCUCCCCGUCUCAUAGAGGAGUCUGCCAUCGACGUGGUGGUGGUAACAAACACAGUCCCCCACGAAGUCCAGAAGCUCCAGUGCCCCAAAAUCAAGACCGUGGACGUCAGCAUGAUUCUAGCCGAAGCCAUCCGCCGCAUCCACAACGGAGAGUCCAUGGCUUAUCUGUUCCGCAACAUCACCACAGACGACUAGAGAGGGAGAGAGAGAGAGAGAGGGAGAGAGAGAGAGGGAUGAGACUCUUCACCGCCUCCAGGGACUCGGGGUCGUCCACGGCGUACACCAGGGCGAAGGCGUCGCUGUUCUGGAUGGAGAGUUUGCGCAUGGCGGGGAAGGAGUAGCUGCCGCUCGUGUCCAUGAUGUUGAUGGUGACUUUGACGCCGCCGACCUUGAACUCCUUCCUGUGGAGCUCCUCCACCGUGCGCCGGUGCUUUGGCUCAAAAGUGUCUUUGAGGAAGCGCUGGAUGAGGGCGGUCUUCCCCACGCCAGCUGCUCCCAGAAACACCAGACGCACCUCUGUCUUCUCCUUUGCUUCAAACGACAUCCUGCUGCUCAUCUCUUCUCGUCUUCUUCAAACUCUUCUUUCUUUCUUCUCUCUGUGUCAGUGUUUCCUCCUCUCAGAGAUUCUCAGGGUCUGUUACGGAGCUGACAGCCACGGUGUGUGAGGAUCUCUGUCAGGCUGCACGCUGUAUUUAUGUACCCAGCUGUGUCUUCCCCCUCUUGUGCUCAGCCAAUCAGGAGCAGGCUGUUUGUCCCUGAGCCUCUUUGAACUUGCAGAAGCAAGAAAAUCAAACAAAGUGAGAGACACAGAAGAGUUUCUUUUCUCUCUUUGUGCAAAACAAACUUUUCAGAAAAUCCUCCCUUAUUAACCCGCAUUUCAGACUCUCCUAUCUUUGUUUGCCGUGCAACAAAAGGUUUGCUUUGAACAGAAAAACACAGGAGAUAACUUUCCAGGUUGCAUUUAAAAUUGAAUGCAUUUCUUUAAGGUUUAAAUCCCUGCACCACUCUCUUCAUUUCUGAUAGAUUCACAGAUAAACCGUCUUGAUGGCAAAGUAAUUCAACUUACAGUGACGAAACUGCAUUAUUAAAAACUGAUUGAAGCCACAAAAUCUUAAGAAAAUCCUCCUUUAACUAAAAUGAUGGAAGUUAUUUAUAUUUAACCCUUUAAUGUGCAGAAAUCUGAAGAGUAUCAGGUAGUUUUGAUUGCGAACACAAACUUCUUCCUCCACCAGGAACAUUUUUCUUUGCAUGAAAGACACACGACUGUAACUUUCAUUAUUUAUCAUCUUUAAUGAUCUUAAUGCUCUGAACUUCGUCCACCUGAAGAUGAAGAUCAGGUGUAAUGAUUGGAAGCUCCUGCUCUGAAGAUGCUAAAGAAACUAGCAGAGGGGAAAUCUGCUCUCAGAUUUUUAUAUCACUUAGGGCCUGUUUCCACUUGCAGUGUUUUUUUGCACUGGUACCUCAAUUUCAGAGCGUCUCUCACAAGUCGUCUCACGGCACUCCCUCUCCUCUCACCGCUUCAAAAUGUUCUGAAUGCUUCAUAAACUUAUAAAAGGAAACUUUGCAAAGCAGAUGAUGGUGUGCAUGCAGCCUGUUAGAGUCGCUCCUCUUCUUUCUGAUUUUUCUUCUUUCUUCAUCAAACUUCCUCUGAUUUUUCUCUGGCAGUUUCAUGACGUUGUGACCUCUUUUGGCCUUCUGUUGGUGAGAGUUGUGGACUCUUGCCGGGCGACCCCUGCUUUGUUUUUGUUUUUACUUCAUGCUCAGCUGGUUGAGCUGAAGCCGACCGGCUCAUCUGCAUUUAUUUACCACAUAGCUUAUUACUGUAUUUGUAUAACUUAUUGUGUAUAGGAGCAACUGUAAAGACUGAAUUUCCUCCCCUGGGAUAAAUAAAGUAUUUAUGAUUCUGAUUCU